GCCUUCAGCAGCAAGCGGGACGGGAAUGCUUCGAGGAUGCUCUUACCCAUUGAAUUCCUCACCAAGACCAAUGGGUAUAGAGGAAGUGGCCAAUAUUCGACGGUCUCCCCUGGUUACCAGCUCUCAUUGCCUCUUGUGCCGUUCGACGCUCCAGGAGAAAGUCGCGCAGGCUUGUCAGCGUGCUUCAGCGAUCAGCGGCAGGAUGUCUCGACUCCACAACCAUCGGUGUCCGCGAAGGAGAAACUCAUUACUUACCAGAGGCGUCCGAGCAGUGGGUCAUCGGGAAACGUUCCGAAGAAGAAGGUGGUCGACAAACCACCUUCCACUCUUCCGGGAAGCUCGCGUUCCGGUAGAAGCUCGCGCUCGCAGGACACCUCCGAACGUCGAAUGGACGAGGAGUCAAGCGAGAAGACGGAGGACGAUGAAUGGAUUCGCCGAUUGCAAUCCCAGUCACUAGCCACACGAAGGUUCACCCAAGGCGAAGGCUCUUGCGAUGUGAAUGCAGAGCGGGAGGAUAGUAGAGGUGACGAAGCCCGGGCGAGGGGCGAUGGAGAAGACGAUGAGAAUGAAGGAGAAUGUGGUGGUGGGCAGGACCACAUGGAUUGCGAAAAGGCAGCGGCAAGCGGCGGGGUGCUCGGUGGUAAUGUGGGKGGUUCGGAGAUGGAAGACCAGGAGAUGGAAGAUGAGGAAAUGGAAGACGAAGGAAUGAAAGACGAAGGACAGGAUGUCGAUAUUUCCGCGGAGCUUACAUCGAAGGGGAGGGGAGAACGCACAGCGGAAUCGUCGCCGAAGCUAGCCGCGCCUAAGAAGCAGGCUCGAAGAAAAGCUGUGCAGGACGCUCGGCUCGCCUUGGAUGCAGCUGCUGGUACGCCUGGUGAAGCCGGUGUGGAAUCCAAAUCCAAAGCUCGGGUUCGCAAAACGUUGCAACCCAGGAAGCCUGUGCGGCCGUCAAGGCACCCGAAAUCGGAUGACUCGAGCGACGAUGCUGAAGGGGUGGCCCCUCGUUUGCUCUCCAUCCCUGACGACCACGAACCGGAGACGAAAAAACCCAAAGCGGUGAACAUGACGCAGUGCUUCUUCGUCGAGUACGACGAGGACGGCAAAAAGAGAAAGGACCCGCCUAGGGUGGUCAUUGACGUCAUGCAGAUUCUUCCGAUUCCGGUGGGAGAGAUCACCUUCAACCAGCGAGCGCUGAACCAGGCCAUCGUCGCAGGCAUCGAAGCGGCAAUUGAAGCAUCAACUCGCCCACAGUCCGUGGAUGAUCCGGCUCCGUGGGAUCCACCGGAGUUGGUGCUGGCUCCGAUUAAUCCAUCAAAGGACGCGGACGAACAUGGAACCCGCGUCCUUCCAGAGGAUUUCGACCCCGAACGGGCAGAUGAGUUUUUCUAUUACCCGGUUGCCGAGGCGCUACUCGGGACUUGGAAGCGUUAUCUCGCGUUCGGAACGGCUGUCAGCAAGUAUGGAAACUGGCAAGUCGAUUAUAAGUACACGAUGGCGUUCGUCCUGCAUGCUGAGGGGGGCGACCUGAGGAAGGUAACGAGGGCUCCUAAAUCGGAGGCAGAGAUAGUGGAGCUGAACAUUGAUGAGGAGCAAUUCAAGAGAUGCACAGCAAAGCACGGUGGCGAGGAAGGAAACGAACGAGAGGUGUAUAGGCGGUGGGAACGACAUCCUAAACGGUUGCAGAAGUUGUGCAGUUUGUUUUUGCACGAGGACCAGGGGGUGAUUCUUAUUGGAAAGUCGCAUGUCGGACUUGUGUGGGAGCUCCUGCRCGYUGGCCAUMAUKUUUUCRCAUGCGACUCGUCGUCAAAAGACAUUUCAUACUUGACGAAGGUCAUCGAAAUUCUCGGGAAGGAUGCGAGAAACGAAUGCACCGUUGAGAGACAGAAGACUGCGCAUUGUCCUGACAGGGACAUGUACCACAAGCUGGGCAAGAAGAGAAACAAGAUGUGGGAAUAUUUGUUCCAAGGCCAACCCAAGACGCCAUUCAAACAUGACUGCAUUGUUCGCAAAGCGAUGGCACAGGAAGCGUAUAGUGGCUACCAUAAAGCGCAAGUGGGGUCGUUUGCGAUGUUCGUAGCAAGAUGCGAACGAAUGAAGUUCGGAGGAAAUCAGGCAAUGCUAACGUACGAUGGAUACAGCAAGAUUGCCAAAGAAUAUGAUGCGUGGAAUCCGAUUGAGAGCGAUGAGGAGACUGGAACCUCAGACCUCGAAAUCGAGGAGCGAGUGAAACGUAUGCGAGAGGGAAUGRAAAGCGUGCCUGCAUGCAACGCGCCAAGCCUCCAGGAAGAAGAAGUUCGCACGAAAUCGGCGGGUGCGAGCAGUCCAACGCGUGACGUGACCGACAGGGCGAGUUCCAUUGAACACAUGCAAACGGAUUCCCUUACGCCAAUUCAAGCACUUGAGAAUGUACUGAUUCAUGGCAAUCGUCAAGGGUUCCGGGAAAAGGUUCAAUCUCGAGGAAACCCUGUCAAUGAAAUGCGGACAGACAAUGACGAGGAUGACUUUGCGGUUCCAAAUGCCCUCCCGAAGCUGAUGCCCGGUGAUGAUAUCCCUGAUAGCAUUGCGCAGGCCAGUGAACAGCCGUACUUCAUUCCAGACAAGGUGCUAGAAACGACGUCUGACAAGUGGGAGCAUCACAUUUUGUGGCAUAUGGACCUAUUCGAGCCAUGCAUUGUACAGAGGAAGUGGAUGAUGGCAGUCCAUCUAACAAAAGGAURGAAAGUCGGAGCCAGACUGGAUGAAGCCUCGUGGCUGAAAUUGGCGAAGAGCGAAAUCGUAUUUCGUGUUAGGAAAGAAAAUGACGGAGCGGAUG